AUGAUGGAGGCCGAGAUCCUCUCGCCGGCAUUUCGCAUUCUCUUCCGCCUCGGCUGCGACGUGCAUGUGCACCACCCGUCCGGCCUUCCGGUCAAGGAUGACCAGCAGCACGACCACCAAAGGGUGCAAGAGCCCCGCGAGCUGAGCAAAUGGCGCGACGGCCACACAGCCGUCUUCAACAACCAAAUCGACUGGAUUCCUCUCUCCACGGGCAGCGUGCGGCCGACACACGGUCGCUCCCUGGCCAUCACACAGGUCAAUGGGGGGUCGCAGUCGUUCAAGGCCGUCAACUCGCUGCGCAUCCUCGGCCGCUGGAUGCGCAUGCUUACCAUCCCGAACCAAAGCUCCAUUCCACAGGCCUGGACGCACGUCACCGACGCCGACGAUCCGGCCGAGGGCGGCAGCCGGCUCAAGCUGAGUUCGAAUCGAGAUCGGCUGGUGGACUGUAUGGAAGUGUUUGUCAAGUAUACGAUUGUCAUGCGGCCGCACUUCCAUCUGUUUGGGGACCGGUUUAGCGAGAGGGAGGAUGAGGCGAAGAAGAAGAAGUGA